AUGCCGUGGGGAGAAGACUUGGCGGUACCCAGGGAUGAGAAUGGGAUUGUCCCUGUUCAUUGCUGGGUCCCCCGAAUGGAGGUACCCCAUCUUCCAAACUCGGCCCUCUUCCCUAUGGAAUCCGCCGCGAAAUUGGCAUGUGGUGCCCCAGCCAGGCAAUUGUUGUGCUGUAUCUCGGCCGACUUCCCCAGGGACAAGGAGUCCAGGGCCCCCCCGUGCCCCAGCCAGGACCGAGGCCCGCAGCGACCACAGUGGAUGAUCAGCCCGAAGCAGAAAAACAAGCGGGACACAGCCUUUGCACAAAGGAAGGCUGAACGAGCCGCCAUGAGGGCCCAACUCCGGGAGAAAUAUCAGCUGCCCAAGAGCCGGACAGAUAAGAAGCAGAUGGAAGCGGCUGGGGGCAAGCUGACGUUCCCCCAAGACCUGCUGGCGAUCGUGAAGUCCAAGGCCACCUCGGACGCUGGCUCUCUCUUCCCCAGCUUCAGCGACCUGGAUUUCGGCUCCUUCCAGAUGACCGCACGGAACGCCAUGAGGUCUCUGCAGCAUCCGGUGCAGUGCCCUGUCAUGUGA